AAAUACCAUGACAGACAUCUCAAUUUCAUCACAGAGGAGUAUAAAUAUACACAACUACUUCACAAUUUCACCAUUCAGACAACCCAAAUGGAAUGUCAGACAACGCUUUUCACAUACAGACAACUACAAAUCAAUUUUAAAGAGUUCAUUUCACAUUAUAGACAAAUCAAUUUUAAAGAGUUCAUUUCACAUUACAGACAAAUCAAAUGCCAGACAACUCUUUUCACUUCACAGACAACUACAAAUCAAUUUUCAACAUCCGAAGAGAGACUGUCCUCACAAACCGCCACUAGUCUUUUUUGCACACUUUGUCCUCACUCGUGCACGCCCUGAGAAACUUCCCAGGGGGUCACCCAUCCCAAGACUACUCCUGUGCAAGCACACUUAACUUUGGAGUUCUUAGCUGAUGAGCUCCCUUAAAAGG